AUGUUCUAUCUAAUUGGUACUGUAUUUUAAUUUGAUGCUGCUAACAUGCCUUUGUUUGGUAAGAAAUCGAAGAAGACCGAAGCUGUUACUGCAAUUGCUGGAAAAUAUAUAAAAAGAGAGUCUUCACCUUUCAUAUCAAAUAGACCACAAGCCAAUGUGUUUCGACAUGGACCUACUCUACAAAGAAGAUCACAAUCAGUAUUCAAUGUGUCAUCCAUCGGUGAUGCUUUGCCAUCAUCGCCCCCAGCAUUACCUUCAAAUUCCAGACCAGUGUUUUCAUCAGCCCAACAACUUUCUCCUAUAAAUUCUACAUCCUCAAAUAAAUUUACUAACAAUUCUGCAGUAACAUCUGGUAUGAAAUUUGGUAGUAAUGUCUCACCUCAUGGAGGAGACAUGGUGUCGAUGCCCCAACAUCAAAAUUUAUCUUUCAUGCAGCAGCAGAGACUUGCCGGUUCAAUGCCUUCAUUGCAUGUUAUACGGAACAUGAAUUUUUCUAAUAUGAACAAUACGCCUGUGACAUCUAAUGGUAAUAUCCCAGUGAAAAAUACUCAUUUGCCCCCUCAGAGACAGAUAAAUUCUCAACAACAAAAUGAAAUUCCUCUCAGUGGACAUUCUCAUAUCCCGUUAUCUAUAUCCACUCAACAACAACAAGUUUCACAGCGAUCUUUUCUAAACAACCGUAUCACACAGACGCAUCUCCCUUCAAAACCAGCAAUCUUGCCAUCACGCCCUCAAAUCCAAAUGAAUAUCCCAAACGAAAGUCCACAGCAGCGUCAUGUCAGGAUGGCAGAACAAAUAACGCCACCCAACCCGAAAACUGUUUACGCGAAUCAGGUAUAUGUGGGACGUGGUCAUUCCACAAACAACUUGGACAGAAUAGUGGAACAGCAAGCUGAACCACCUCAUUUAAAAUCUACACCUAAUAUUGCAAUGGCAAUCACUUACAGUGACCUGCAAUUAUCUAACUCCCCUACGAAGCAUUCACAAUCACAAAUGAACUUGCGACUUUCCAGAGAGUCGCUGCAUCAUGUACAGCAGCAGCCAGCAUCGUAUAUGCCUUCAGAAUCAUAUGUAGAAAAUCCACCUGCUGAUAGACAAAUACAGCACCUUGGUGGUCAAAUGCAACCUCAUCUCAGUACUUCAUUAAAUCAAGUCAAUCGUUCUCACUAUGUUCAAUCCAUGCAGCAUCCACAGCCUCAUUACAAGGAGAAUACAAGACUAGCGAGUACAAAUGGUGCAAAUAUUAGUUUUGAAAAAGAUGAACUACCACUUCCACCUGGAUGGUCAUUGGACAGAACAUUGCAAGGACAUAAAUACUACAUUGAUCAUAACACAAACACUACACAUUGGACGCACCCUCUCAACACUGACAGUUUACCUCCAGGAUGGGAACGAGUCAGCUCAUCAAAUUAUGGAACUUAUUAUGUCGAUCAUGUCAGCAAGAAAACACAAUUUGAGCAUCCGUUGGAUUUGAGACAAAAUGAUCAACAAAUACAUAACAACAAUGAUCUACCAGCUCCAGAACCAAGUCAGCAAUAUGAUACUUGGAAGAGGAACCAAGUUGUGCCUGCCAAUCCAUACCUGAGCACAACUGAAAUACCAAGCUGGUUAAAAAUUUAUUCUAAAGCUCCUCAGAGAUAUGAUCAUAAAUUACGGUGGGAAUUGUUUCAAAUUCAUGAGCUGGAUUGCUUCAGUGAAAUGUUGACCAUGUUAAUGAAAAAGGAAUUGAAAGAAAUUGUGAUGAAAUAUGAGAAAUCAAGAGAAAAUUACACACAAGAGUUACAACGUCGAGUACAGCUAGCUGGCCGACAUACUCAAGGACCAGAAAACAAACAUUAUUAUGUAUAAUGUGAGAUAACGUGAAUUUCCUUCUGAAGAAGUAAGGUUGCAUGGCAUUGUAAGAAGCGGAAAACUGUGUCGCAUGUGACCAGUAGUUCCUUAAUAUAUUAAGAGGUACAUAAAAUUGAGAUGGAUGAUAUUCUUGCUGUAAAUUUUAGUAAUCCCUUUGAAUUUUUGAAGAUUUCAUUUUUCGAAUGUGCAAAAAACAUUGUGAAAUAUGCCUUUGUGCCUUUCACAUGGUAAAAAAUCAUGAUCAACCUCCACAAUCAAUCUAUUUAAAUUCAUGAAAACUUUAUCCUGCAUUUUGAUUAUUGUCGCAAAUUUUUAAAUGUUUAUCGUUUUAGUUUUGAUUACAUUAUCAUGCAUUUUUCUACGACCCAUUUAUCUGCUCUUUGCUCCGAAAAAGGCUGUGCAUAAGCAAGCAGCUAUUGAAAAGGCCUGGAUCUUUCUAGUCAGCAUUCCCUACCCAAUUUUUUCACAUCCCGGGUGAGCUGGUGAGCAUGGGAAUGGGAUUUGAACCAGAGAUUUUAACCUGCAAAUUCAUGAAAUCCAAAUCUAAAUCUUUAACGACUAGGCCCAAUACGCACAUGGACAAUACAAAUGCUUAAUAUGUUGGUCCGCUCAAUAUGAUUCCAAUCUUCUGCCAUUCUGGAUACCAUAGUCUGAGAAGCCUGUGUUUCUAUAUUUCUUGGAAUAUGCCACAUGUGUACCGAUUAUGGAUAUAUUUUCGAUGCUGUAUUUUGCACAUGCACUGGCAUAGAGUGAAAGAUAUAAUCAGAAAGUAUUGCAACUCGGUGUUAAAUGUUUAUUAGAAUUGCAUAUUCCAUGUUUUUUUAUUGAAUAUUAUGAUCUUGUUUUUUUAUUACAUCUUGCCAUAUGGAGCCACGUUCGAGUGAUACAUAUAUUUUUGUAAUCUUGUGCUAUUAUAUAUUUGUUCUUAAAUAGGUUUUUAUUGCUCCGGUGCUCUAAGUGGCCUUUCACAUACAUAGAAUAUCAUAUAGAUUCAAUUUUGAUUUCAUAUAAUUAUUCAAUCUUUACGGUAAAUUUGAUUGCAAAUCAGGAAAUAAUAUUUUUUAGGAAUGGAAGUACGGUAAUACAUCAAGCCCAGUGAUAUUCAAAAAGCAAAGAUUUACUGUUUUUCAUCUUGACAUUGUGAAAUAAUGAUUUAUCAUUUGUAUAGAUGUCGAUGGCAAAUUUCAUAUCUAAAUAAUUAGAUGUUCUAAAUUUCUGUUAUGUAUUGUAAAUGGAUAUAAUUAAAAUGUAUUAUUAUUAUCACUUUAAUACUAUCUUGUUCAAGGAUAAGCAUAGCAACUGCCCCAUUCUGAUCUGAAUUAAAAAGAAAGAAGAGAUCGAUAAAAAAUAUUCUAGUCUGAAAGUUAUUCAUGUCAAGUAACUAACGCAGUGAAUAUUUCAUAAGAAUGGGUGAUUCUAAUUAUCAUUUCUAUUAUUAAUUUCAAAAAUCGAACUUUUCUGAACCCGUUGGUAUAGUACAUGAGUAUGACUGGUACCCAUAUCAUGUUUAGAUUUGUUGUUGCACUUCAUCUAAAAAGUAAUCUUUUUCUAAUUGUUAUCAAUGAAAAUCUAUUGGCAUCAUUGUGUGACAAAUACUUAUCAAAUGAAUAAUUCUUCAUGUAGAAUGAAAUCUUUUAACAUUUCUGUACUACCCAUGAAGUGUUUUAAUAUAUUUAAAUAUGUGAGGAUUUAAUACUUUUUCUGUAAUUCUAAUAAUCCAUAUUUUCUUGAAAGUUGUCAAAA